AUGGCGAUGCUCAGCGGCAAGGUUAGUCACUCCUCCCGAGCAGGUCUCGUCACUUGCGGAUAUCCCACGACAGCUGUUCUAACUCACGUCAAGGUCGUUUUAAUUACUGGAUGCUCUAGUGGGAUUGGCCUCGCUACGACAAAGGCCUGUUUGGAUGCAAAGGCCCAAGUGUUCGGGUGCGACGUCCAAAAGCCGCCCGCCGAGCUAUCAGGACUCCUGGGCUUCUCAUUCCAGACUUGCGAUGUGUCGAAGCAGGCAGACAUCUCCGCUACGGUGGAAGCGUGUGCCAAGGCAUUCAAUGGCCGCAUCGAUGUCCUUUUGAACGUCGCCGGUAUCUCGGAUCGCCUCGGUUCGGUCGAUAGUCUGGAUGAUGAAGAAUAUGACCGGGUGGUCGCCGUCGACUUGACAGGCCCGAUCAAACUCAUGAGGGCCGUGAUCCCUUACAUGCGAGCACAGCAGAGUGGCUCCAUAGUCAACAUCUCGAGUCGAGCUGGUCUGGGUGGCGGCGUCGCCGGUAUCGGCGCCACCAAGAAUGUGGCCUGGCGCUUCCACCAAGAGGGAAUCCGGUGCAAUGCAAUUUGCCCUGGAGGGGUACGGACCAACAUCACCAAUGCCAUAACAGAGGGCAUUGACGUCGAUGCAUUCCAGAAUUCGAGAGCGGUUCUGAAUGUCCAUUUCAACCCACAGUCCACAGGCACUCUCGACGGUCAGGAUGGGCCCAUUGCCACUGGCCCUAUCGACCCUAAGGAAGUCGCAAACGUUCUCGUCUUCUUAGCUUCCGAUCUCAGCUCCGCGAUCAACGGGGCGGUGGUUCCUGUAGACAAGGCAUGGUCUGCUGCUUGA